AGAACAUUCUGUUUGUUUAACCAUCCUUUAGUAUGUUGCUGAAUCCAAGAUGCAAUCAUUAUGUAACAGAUGCGAUGUCCACUUUAUUUUGCCCUGCUUGCGUCUUUACGAAUCUUUUUUACGUUUCGAGGAAAAUGUUAAUGGGAAAGUCUUGCUGUAUACUGUGCAUCUAACAAGAGCUAAGUUGUUAGAGACUUUACAUUAUGCACAUUGUUGUGGUUCUCUUCGAUAUCAGUAACUCAUGACAUGCCUUUAUGUAUAUUUAAAACGUGAUUAAUCUUUCCGGUGUAUCAGAGAAAACAGCACUGUACAGUACAGUCACUCUCUUAUAUGAUUCUAUGCAUACAUUAUAUGUUUGUACAUGUUACAAUUUCUGUUCUCUUGCUACUCCAGGUAUUAGAACUAAAAAUACAGCUUAAAAAUUAUGAUUGCGUUGAAGUGCUAUUUCUCUCUUCCGGUGGUGGCAGGGGCAUUAUUAGUGGUCCUUCCUUACAGUAUCUCUCUAGUUGCCCAAUGGCUCUAUGGCUGGCCCAAUAAACCAGGGUACCAAAAAUAUAUAGAGGCUCUCAAACCAAGGCGCAUAUACUGCCUUGCAAGAGCCGUGCUAGAGAUGCUGAAAUAUCUGCAGUAUGGCAAACUGUACUUUCAGUGGAAACUGUGGUACAGUAAUGACAAAAAUAACAAGCACUAUGUGAAAGGCAUAACCUUUGGUCGACGAGGGAACAAACUAGAUUUAUAUUAUUCACCAAGCAUGGGCCAUUCUGAUACUGCUCCUGUACUGGUGGUUGUGUUUGUGUAUGGAGGUGCCUGGGGAUCAGGAGACCGCUCCAUUUACUGUCUGUUAGCCUUACAAAUAGCAAAAGAGCUUAAUGCCUCUGUACUUUGUCCAGAUUAUUCCAUAUAUCCAAAGGGAAAUGUUUUAAAUAUGGUUCAAGACAUCAGUGACAGUUUGCUGUGGGUGAGAGAAAAGGGACAAACAUUCAAUCUUGAUCAAGACAACAUAAUAUUAAUAGGUCAUUCAGCAGGGGCUCAUCUGUGUGCCCUUUCCACACUGUUUCUGGUGAACAGUGCAGAAGAGCUGUUCAUUGAGACCAACAUACAGAGAGAUCUUGUAUCUGCCAUUAAAGGAAUCAUAGGUAAAUCAAAGUGCCAUGUUUAUUAUAUGUGGUUUCAUUAUAAGCAUGAGAAAAUGCGGGCCGUUGAGUAUGUAUCAACUAUGCACAAAGCUAUGGAUGGUGUGGAGAACUUUGAUUAUUAUUCACCAACAUCAUUACUCAAGAAAUUGAAUGAGGAUCAGUUGAAACGAGUUCCUCCAGUGGCUUUGCUCCAUGGAACCAGUGACAUGAUAGUUCCGGUGGAAUCAUCAGUGAAGUUCUCUGAGCUCCUCACAGCCCUUUCUAUCAGGAUGUCUCUCGAUCUAAUACCUAAAAUGAACCACACAGAGAUGGUCACUGACCUUAUGGCUCCAGACAGGCACUUUUACCAUACAGUUUAUGGCUGUAUUAAACAGGAGUACAGUAAAUUUCAAGGUUAUGCUGAUUAAUAAUUUUCAUUCAAUUAUUUUCUAAUAUCAUUUUCCAUUAUGCCAGUCACUCAUUAUAUGUUAUCUAUGUAUUUACUGUAAGUUUACAUUCACGUUCUAAUGAUUUCUUCUGAAAUGUUUAAUUUUCAA